AAUUGCUCGACACCCUACCGUAUUGCUACUGUACCUAUGCGGAUGUAAGAGUACCGUGAAGCAAGAGGAAGCGGUCUAGUUUCUUCACCCAGCAGUCCCUUUCCCAUUCAAUUGCAUUUCCGUUUCCCUUUCCUGAAUUCAAAGUGUUGCUCUCCUGUGCCACUUUUUGCGAGGGAUCCAAACAUCAAAUAUCUCGCCCGCAUCUGCCGAAUGUUUCUCGUCGCGACGCCGGUGUUGGAGCAUCAUCCCCCAUACGAAACGCUCUGACAUCUCCGGCCUCAGCCUGCUGAAGCUGCGAGCUCCUCAGGUCGCCCCAGGGCCUGACAACGGCACGCUGCAAGCUGCGACCUGCGACGUGCGAGGAGAGCGAACGCAUCCUGCUCUGUGCUGGACGGAGGAGACUAUUCACCUCCUCUGCCCAUCCAUCGAUUGCUUGCUUCUUGCUUCUUCCCUCCCGCUGCUUGCUCUCGUCGCUCCUGGCCGAGUCCUUGUCUGCAUCGCUCGAGAUCAGCGGGUUCCUGACCUUUCUUACCUGCCACUCACACUCAAUUCAGCGGUCUUAAGCACAAGCACAAGCACAAGCACAAGCACAAGCACUCACUGGCUUAAGCACUUGCACUCCAGACUGUACUCGUACCGGCACUUCCGCCGCGCACUUCUUGCCCUGACGGCUUCGAAUCAUCUCAUUUGAAUUUGCCUUUUACCAAUUUGCGGCGUGAUCAGCGUUAAUCAGCGUCCCGGUCCAAUCGACUUCGGAACUCUGGGCGCUGCAGUCGUACCACCAAUACCCAAGAGCGCCCAGCUUCAAAGUGCAUCUCCUCGAACCUCUUCUCCCAGUCUUCUCGUGUGACCGCUGUCCAGUAUCCGAAUGGUAGACUUGGCAAUCUCAAUCACCUCUUGGCAUCGCAAACACAUCACGACGACGAAGUCUUCGAGCAUGUGCGCCUAUGCCAAAUCAACGGCAUCGUCGACGCCAUCUGAAAAAAGAUCGCUGUUCUCGCGAUUGACGUCGCCUUUAAAAUCCCGCACGCGCAACCUCACCGACUUCCACAUCCGACCAAAGGAACCGCAUCGUCGAUACUCGCCAGGAGACGUCGUGGAAGGCGCGGUCGUGCUCACCAUCGUCAAGCCGGUGCGAAUAACCCACAUCACCGUCUGUCUACAUGGCGUGGUGCGAGUAUUCAAGAAUCCCAACGAUGCAAACUCGCCCGUAGUCGUGGAUCCUGAAUUGGCCGCUGCUGGAGACCCGAGAAAGACGCAGUAUUUUGGCAACGGCCACGCCUCGUUAUUUAACGAUGAAGUAACACUAUGUGGAGAAGGCCGACUUGAUGUUGGCAUCUACGAGUUUAAUUUUGAGCUGGAGUUUCCCAGGAAAGGGCUUCCUACUAGCAUCGACGUGAGUGGCUUCAUUCGCCCUACCCUCCUUACGGAACAGUGCUAAUCAAGGUGCAGUUUGAGCGAGGCAGGAUAUCCUACUUAAUAACAGCUACAAUAACACGACCAACUUCGAUCGCGGCGACCUCGACUGUCGAGCAAAACGUGAAUCUCGUUGAGACGGUCGACAUUGGUCCUAUGCUUCCACCCAAACCGCGAGUCAUCUCCCUCGAACCGAUUGCGAAGCGCCCGAAGAAGAAGAAGGCUGUCAAAUCCAAGGAAGGCGAAGCAAAUGACCCAAGCUCUGGAAGCGAGGUACCUCGAACAAACCACUCUCCGCGACCCGAUGACUCUGCAAGCCAAUGUGGCUCAACAGACCCUACGGGAAAUCCUCGAAGUCCUGUGCUCAGCGGCGAUGCACACAGCAUUCACAGUGCAGGUACCAGUGCUGAUAGUACGGUCAGCAGUAGUACGGGCCUCAGUUUUCGGCUUGGUCCUGUGCCCUCCUCUGCUACUAAAUCAGCUCGGGACAGCCUGGGCACUGGAAGUAGGGUUUCGUCCGCAUCAGGAAAGACCAUCACUGCAACAAUAGAGUGUCUCAAGGCCGGAUGUCUUCCCGGAGAUAAUAUUCCGGUGAAGAUCUCUAUUCAGCAUGCCAAAGCCAUCAAAAGUGUGAAUGGAAUAAUCGUUACCCUUUACCGACAGGGAAGAAUUGAUUCAGCACCCCCUCUGUCACUUUUCAAAGACAUCAAGGGAAAACAGGCCGAAAGAUUAAAACACGAAGAAUAUUAUCCCAAAUCCAAGACUGGUCUUGGUGGACUGUCGCUGACAUCCGCGGGUUCAAGUAGCAUGUUCCGAAAGGAUCUGGCUCAGACCUUCGCACCGAUUAUAGUUGACCCCGUGAGCCUGACCGCUAUCGUGAACGCAUCAGUCAGAGUACCUGAGGAUGCCUUUCCAACUAUCUCGUGCGUUCCCGGACAAAUGAUUACUUUCAAAUACAUGGUCGAGGUGGUGGUUGAUCUUGGUGGGAAAAUUGCUGGUCAUGUUCCUGCGACUACGAGUGGUACCCGAAACGACGCGAAUCCAAAUAUGGUAUCUGCCUUUGGUGUGAGCAUUGUUGACACAGACCACAUUAGACGAGAGAAAAGUGUGGUGGCCUGUGUUUUUGAAGUUGUGGUUGGCUCGACGGACAGCGCUCGACUUCGGGGUAGAGGCAAUAGCACUGUCAAGAGGUCUCACGACUGGGCAGUCGUAUCUCCAGAAUCACCCCGCUCUAGGAACGAAGCUCUUCAAUACUCAAACCACUCCACUAACGCGGACCCACGGAAUCCAUACCCAUACUACGAGAAUAGUUACGACGAAGACUACGCCGAUUAUGACCAUCAAGAUUACAGCUAUGGUCAAGAGUCAUAUUAUCCAAGCGAGCCAUCACAACCAGCGCAUUCUCAACUUUCCGUACCUCGUCCACAACUGAACGAAGGACUAAGUGAAAAAGAACGUCUCCGCCAGGCCGAGGAGCAUCUGCUGCCCAGCCAGCCACCUAACGAUUAUCACAACGGAGCAUCCUCUUCAUUACGAGUGCCUUCUGGGCCAUCAGCUCCCCCUUCCGCACAUCCUCUUGAAUCAUUAGACGAACACUACGAUGUCGAAAGCGAGACUCCUCACGUAGGGCCUAGCGCGCCUCCAUUCUCCGCCCCCUCUUCCGACAUUUCUGUUCCCCAUGGUCCCUCUGCGCCACCCCUCGAUAGCCUCGAUCCGAAUGCGCCAUUACCACCCACAGACGACAAACAAGAACUGGAACGGCGUCGACUUCUUAGUGAAGCCAGUGCGCCGGAAUUCCUUUCGGACGAAGACGACAAUGCUGGCGAAGGAAGCAGUCGAGCAAGAAGACGACCCCGACCCAUUCAUCACGCACCUUCUGCCCCUGUCCUCUCCGAAGAGGAUGGUUAUGGAAAUCAUUAUCACGAGAGCCUACCGAAAUAUGAACGCUGAAUUCAUAUUUUUAUAAUUUUGGGAUUUGCUUAUAUGCGGGGAGUAUUUGGGGGAAGGGGGUUAUGAUAGAUGGAAACUACGAUUAAUUUAUGAUGAUGUCAAGCG